AUGUUGGAAAUAGCAUGCUUCAACGCCGCUUCCGCCGUCACAGCAGCAAAAGCAGGCGCCGACCGGAUCGAGCUGUGCGCCGACUACGCCGCCGGCGGCGUCACGCCCUCCCUGUCCACGCUGCACUCCAUUCGAAAAGCGACGGAUAAACCGAUCCAUGUCAUGAUCCGCCCUCGCGGCGGGGAUUUCACCUACUCGGCCGCACAGUGCAGCCAGAUGAAGAGCAACAUUGACAUGUUCAAAGAGUCGAGCGCGGUGGAUGGCUUCGUCUUUGGCAUCCUGACCGCGGGCAACGAAAUCGACCAAGCGAGGAACAGAGAGCUGGUGGAAGCGGCGAAGCCGCUGCCCUGUACGUUCCACCGCGCAAUCGACGAUGUGACAGAUCUGGAUGCUGCAGUCGAGACCAUUGUUGACUGUGGGUUCGCGAGCAUUCUGACAAGUGGUGGGGCGAAGAACGCGUGGGAAGGAAGGGCGAGAGUAGGAGAGUUGCAGCAGAAGUACAGCGGGCGGAUUAGUAUCAUCUUAGGUGGUGGAAUCAGGAGUACGAAUGUUGUGGAUUUGAAGCAUGAGACCGGUGUGCAGUGGGUGCACUCUGCGGCCAUCACGGGACCAGACGAGGAAGUAGACUCCGAGGAAGUCGGGAAGAUGGUCGAAUUGCUUCGAAAUGCUUGA